AUGGCAGUGUUCGGGGGCCUCCUUAGAACAGGCCCAGUGCAGUUCAUGGCUAAUCUGUCCAACCAGUCUGACCUGUCCAGGGUCCCAAUGAAUGAAACCAGGGUGGUGAUUUUACAAGACACUUUUGCGUCUGCUGUGGCUAAAAAUGUCCUCCUGGUGGUUUUGGGACUGACCAUCAACUACAUCAAUGGGAUUUUGAUACACACCUACAGAAAACACCAGAUAUUCUACACCAACCCACGCUACAUUCUGUUCGCCCACCUGGUGCUGAACGACAUGCUCCAGCUCUGCUUAAGCAUAUCCCUGUUUGUGUUGAGCAACACAUCUCGUAAAAUAAUCUGUCCUCUGUGCCUGAUCCUCUUGUGUGUGAGUGUCCUAACUACUCAUAACACGCCGCUAAACCUAGCCGUCAUGGCGGUUGAAUGCUACAUCGCUGUCUGUUUCCCCCUCCACCACGCCCAGCUAUGCACCAUCCAGCGCACCUACGCCCUCAUCGGUGGCAUCUGGGCCAUGACCUCCCUGAUCAUUCUACCAGACAUUAUCAUCCUGGUGGUCACCAAACCUCCGGAGUUCUUUGUGUCUACAAUGCGCUGUGAGAGAACCAGUGUUUUUGACCACCCAAUCAUCAUGCUGAAGAGGGACGUCCAGUACAUCGUCUACCUGUCCGGUGUCUGGUUCAUUCUCAUCUACACUUACUGCCACAUUUUCUUUGCGGCUCGAGCAGCCAAGUCAUCUGCACAUAAGUCCAAAAAGGCACGAAACACCAUCCUGCUCCAUGGCUUCCAGCUGCUCCUGUGCAUGCUGUCUUAUGUGGACCACUUCCUGUUGAGGGUUCUGAUGAUUUGGUUCCUUAAGUACAUCAAACACAUUGCAUUUGUAAUGUAUGUUGUUGUCAUGGUUCUGCCUCGUCUCAUCAGCCCCAUCCUGUACGGGCUCAGGGACAAGGUUUUCAGGGAGCACUUCACCAAAUACCUGGUCUGUACUGUCAUCAUCAAGGGUUAG